AUGUCUGCAUACAUAAGUAUUAUUUUGGAAGCGAUGCUGCCACCAGGCUACAAGGUAGAAGAAAUUGAGAUACCCGUUCCUUGGGGUCAUGUCGCGGGACGAUGGUGGGGGCCACGGGACAAGCAGCCAAUCAUUGCCAUCCACGGUUGGCAGGACAAUGCAGGCACGUGGGACAAUCUGAUCCCCCUCCUACCAGUCACAACCUCAGUCCUUUGCAUAGACUUGCCAGGACAUGGUCUAUCCACACACUAUCCUAAAGGUAUGCUCUAUUACAUCUUCUGGGACGGUAUUGUCCUUCUGAGACGGAUAGUCAAACACUUCGAAUGGAGCAAAAUCACUCUAAUGGGACAUUCGCUUGGUGGUGCUCUCAGCUUCAUGUACGCAGCCUCAUUCCCUGAUGAUGUAGAGAAAAUUAUUUGCGUGGACAUCGCCAGCCCAGCAGUCAGAGAACCAAGUACUAUGGUCAAAGGUACAGGACAGAGCAUUGACAAAGUUUUAGACUAUGAGAAUUUACCUAUAGACAAAGUACCUUGUUACGACUACGAAGAAAUGAUAGAUAUUGUCUGUGAUGCGUACAAAGGAUCGAUUUCGAGGGAGAACUGCAAGGUUCUCAUGAAGCGAGGCAUGAUGCCUACUCCAGCGCAUUUGAAGAAAAGAGGUUAUUUCUUUAGGAGGGACCCUAAGUUAAAAGUGUCUGGGUUGGCGAUGAUGUCGAUAGAAACGGCUUUGGAAUAUGCGGCCAAGGUCAAGUGCAAAGUCCUUAAUCUUCGUGCGUUACCCGGUCAGAGGUGGGAGAAGUUAGAUUACUAUAUGAGCGUCAUAGAGAAGAUGAAGGCUACGGCUGAUGUUCGGUACGUAGAGGUCGAAGGAACGCAUCACAUACACUUAGAAGAUCCGGAGAAAAUAGCGCAUAUUAUAGAGGAAUUCUUAGAGGAUUAUUAAUUGAAUGUAGCUUCGUUGCUAAUGUGAUAUUUUUGUGAUGCGUAAAUGCACUGUAGUUAGGUACAGUUAGUUAUGAAACUAGUUAUUAUGUCUCAAAGCUUAAGCACAUAUUUAGGCAUCCAGUGAUUUAAUACAAUCCAUAAUAUAAUAUUGUAAGUUAUAAUUCAUUUUCAUUCUGGUUCUUAAGAUUUGAAAUACCAAAGGUAGUGAAUUUAAAAUCUGGGCCUUUAGCCAAACGCACU